UCUGAGUGCACCAAUUGGACGAGACGUUUUCCAUGGGUUUGAAAGGGCACACUCUUUCAUGCGUUUAUAGCUUGGAUGAAACACAUGCACAUACUGUAGUGGGCUUCGUGUAGGGAACCUCUUGGACUUCAAUCCCAGUUUAAAAUUAUUUGAUUUAACGUAUCAAUUAACCAUGGAUGCUACGAUUUACCAAAUCAUCUUUGGGGAGUUUGGAGACCCAAACUGCAGUGUGAUGGAUUCAUUUCAAGACAGUUUCUAUGAAAACGCAUCGUUCUCUUUGAUGGAUUUUGACGGUUUGUAUUGCAAUGCCACAACGGAUGAGAUUGGAACAUGUUGGCCAAAGAGCAACACCGGACGGAUGGUGGAGAGACCCUGUCCCGAGUACAUCAAUGGGGUGAAGUACAACACAACAAGGAGCGCAUACAGAGAAUGCAUAGAUAAUGGAACGUGGGCUCUGAAGAGCAACUACUCCAGUUGUGAACCCAUUUUGGAGGAGAAGAGGAAAUAUCCAAUGCACUAUAAGGUUGCUCUGAUCAUCAACUACCUAGGGCACUGUAUUUCUGUGGGAGCUCUUGUCGUGGCCUUCGUUCUCUUCUUAUGCUUAAGGAGCAUAAGAUGCCUUCGAAACAUAAUCCACUGGAACUUGAUAACAACCUUCAUUUUGAGGAAUGUUAUGUGGUUCCUACUUCAGCUGAUUGACCACAAUAUACAUGAGAGCAAUGAGCCUUGGUGUCGCCUUAUAACAACGAUAUAUAACUAUUUUGUGGUGACCAAUUUUUUCUGGAUGUUUGUUGAAGGAUGCUACCUUCACACAGCCAUUGUGAUGACUUAUUCUACGGACAAGCUAAAGAAAUGGGUCUUCUUGUUCAUUGGCUGGUGUAUUCCAUGUCCUAUUAUUGUUGCUUGGGCCAUUGGGAAGCUUUAUAAUGAAAAUGAACAAUGCUGGUUUGGGAAAGAACCUGGAAAGUAUAUUGACUACAUUUAUCAAGGGCCGGUCAUCCUUGUGCUUUUGAUAAACUUCGUUUUCCUCUUCAACAUAGUAAGAAUCCUUAUGACCAAGUUGAGAGCUUCUACCACGUCAGAAACUAUACAGUACAGAAAAGCAGUAAAAGCGACAUUAGUGCUACUGCCUCUGUUGGGGAUCACCUACAUGCUGUUUUUUGUGAAUCCCGGGGAGGACGACAUCUCGCAAAUAGUUUUUAUUUAUUUCAAUUCAUUUCUACAAUCAUUUCAGGGGUUCUUUGUGUCAGUAUUCUACUGCUUUCUUAAUGGAGAGGUGCGCUCAGCAGCCAGGAAAAGAUGGCAUCGUUGGCAGGACAACCAUGCCCUGAGAGUGCGCGUGGCACGUGCCAUGUCCCUCCCCACCUCACCCACCAGGAUCAGCUUCCAUAGUAUAAAACAGACCACAGCCGUUUGACCAAAUCCAAAGGUCACCUUUGGAAAUGUCAUUUUUCUAGGGAAGAGACUUGUCUUGAAGCACCUCUCCAUACGUUGUCUAUUUCCUUUAUUUCUUACCCCAGCUGCAUAAGGACAGAUAUAGAGAGCUUUGAGGAAGAGACCAUUAGGAUUUCCGAAAUACAAUACUGUAACACAACCUCCUUGGACGUGUGGCAAAGAAGUAAAUUCAGAACAGAUGGGCAAAGCCGCCUCUCCAAAUGAACAUUGUGAAGUGAUCGCAGAGUCAAAGUCUUACUGGCAAUGCAUUAAUAGCUGUUUUCAUACUGUAUUACACCAGGUUGGAUUUGAAUAGGUCAGGAAUGUCGACCUGUCAAGGACCAGUCCUGACGAGGCAAAAAAAGCUGUGGUAAUGUCAAAAGAAACCCUAAUCACUCUCAGUACUCUACUGUACUUGUAGCAGCAUUUAUUUCCAUAACCCUUAAUUGUUUCAUGUCUAUGAGAGUGCAGGGAUAAGCAGGAAUGUGUAUAAACAGAGCAGACAUGGGAUGAAAAGAGAGAGAUCAAAUGAUACUGUUAAUCACCAAGGAAAGAAGGAACGUGCAGACUCAAAGUGAUAUCGUUUGGUUUGUCAUCAGCAUCCCUUUUUUGCUUGUCAAAAUGUCACCCUAAGAGCUAUUCAAUUGUAUAAUUGUUUUCAGGCUAAUUUAUUUGAAGAUUGUUCCCUGCCACUCAUUCUCAAAUGCUUUUGAGCAGCACAUCGUCAAUGAUGUGUUUUUCUCUCUUCUGUAUAAAAAAACCCUAAGGCUGCUCUUAUUUGGAUGAGUAAUCAUAGAUCAAAGCUAUCAUUCACUGGGUUUGAGUUCAGAUUAUAUCCAUUAUCUUAUUAUGUAAAUAAUGGAGAUAGGACUGUGAUUCUUAGACUUUUACAUAACACUUACUUAAACACUGAACCGACGCUGAUUUCAGUCCACGCAAUGCCACAGCUGUCCCAAGUCAAGAGAAAUAGGAGUAAUUUAAAGGUACAGUACAUUGUGCAUACAUUAAAUCCUUUUUACAUAGUUAUUUUCUCUCUUUCAAAUCCCAAUGUGCCAUACUUAAUCAGUGUCAGCACUAAACUGUUGGGUCCAGGAGCCAGAGAGAGAUAGAGCCUGAUAAGUGAGAGCUUCCUUUGGCUUCCUUAAUGUUUGCUCAGGUCAACAUGCCAAGCACUGUGCCAGUGACUGACCGACGGUCUGACCUGCAUGGGUGUUAGCCUCCUCUCCCUCCAGGCCCCCCCUGUAUUAUAAUACAAAUUCAGCAAAAUACAACAGUAGAACCCAUGCACCGAGGGAAUUAAGUUCUUAAAAUGUGGAAUUGUAGAAAUUAUGCAAUUAGACGGGUUUUGAGUACAAGCUCACUGAUCUGGGGUAUUUGUUUAAUGCAUUGUAUACAUCUAUUUAGGUUUAUAAGCAACCAUGUACAUCAUAGUUUAGUUACUUUGGGAGUAUACAGCGCUCCCGAGUGGCGCAGCGGUCUAAGACACUGCAUCGCAGUGCUUGAGGCAUCACUACAGCCCCGAGUUCGGUCCCUGACUCUGUCACAGCUGGCCUUGAGUCGGAGGAAACAUUAUCCAGCUGGCGACUAAUGUCACCUUGCUGACAAUGGUCGCCAGCUGGAUGAUCUUUCCUCCGACUCAUUGGUGCAGCUGGCUUCCGGGUUAAGCGAGCAGUGUGUCAAGAAGCAGUCCGGCUUGGCAUGGUCAUGUUUCAGAGUGUAACGCUCGUCUUCCUCCUCGUCUGAAGAGGAGCAAGGAUCGGACCAAAGCACAGCGUAGUGUGAUUACAUAAUGAUUUAUUUGAUAAAGACGAACACAAAGAACACUUGACAAAAUACAAAAUAACAAACCGACGUGAACAGACCUGUACUUCAGAACAUAAAACAUGAACGCACGAACAGGAAGGAACACACGAAUGAAACGAAACAAUACUGUGUGGCGAACAAACACAGACACAGCAACAAUCACCCGCAAACAAACAGUGAAAACAGCCUACCUUAAUAUGAUUCCCAAUCAGAGGAAACGUAAAACACCUGCCCCUGAUUGAGAACCAUAUCAGGCUAGAUCAACCCAACAUAGAAACACAUAACAUAGAAUGCCCACCCAGCUCACGUCCUGACCAACUAAACAAUACUAAACAAAGGAAAUAAGGUCAGGAACGUGACACAGAGGAUGCAUGGCUCCCGACCUUCGCCUUUCCUGAGUCUGUAGGGGAGUUGCAGCGAUCGGACAAGACUGUAACCACCAAUUGGGGAGAAAAAGGGGUAAAAGUACAAAAAAUAUUCUUUGGGAGUAUAUAGUAAGCAAGAUGCUCAAAUUAAACUAUAUAACAUCUGUUGAGAGUUGCUGUUUUUUAAAAUAACGUAGGUACAGCUCAGUGACUAAGUCAGAAUUAAUUAUUGCUUUACACAUUUUCCUGGCAUUGAAAUUGGACUAGAACCACAUUUAUGUUGUACAACAGCCAAUUAUAUUUUAUCAAAUUGCUUGUAAUGAAAGAUGUACUCCUGGAAGGUCAGUUAUUUUUCUCUUCAUCAUUCGGUAAUUACUGUGAAAAUAAUAUGGUACCAUAGAAUAAAGGAUGAACCUGUCAUGUUCAUUAGAGUUUACACCCCUUGACUUGCUUAUGAAAGAGUUGACUUUGUACCAGUUUCCUGUGUUAUAUUUUCAUAAAUGUGACUCACUCCAUAUGUGCAAUUCCUCUCUUGAAUACCACCAACUUUUCAAGCAAAUAGUUUUCACGCAAACAGUCCCAAGAUCUAAAUAAAUUGCCAAUAAACUACUGUAUGUGAAAAACUGUAAAUAUUUUAGCUAUUUUCUUGUCCUAAAACACUAAACCCUGUUGGUUGAACAUAAUUUUGUUAUUUAUGUUUGGGAGGUGCCUCCAAGUUGAAUGUUUAUAUUGGAGCAGUUUUAAUCAUAUCUAGGGGUUCUAGUUGAGAAGGUCUAAAAAUAAGAUACAAUUUUCAAAGAGUGCGAUAAAACAUGUAUAACAAAAGUGUUUUGCUGUACUGUACAUCAACUAGUUUAAAGUUUGUUGUAUAUUGUAAUUAAUACAGUAUUUGUACACAUUUUAUGAAGUAAAUAUGUUUUUUUCUCUUUUACUGUUAGUGACCGUAGUAAUUCAUUAAGAAAAUUCAGAGCAUUCAGGUUACAUGAAUAACUACAACCAUAGUAAGCAAUCAUAGAAAGGUAUGAAUAUGUUAUUUUACUUGUUUGUAUCACCAUCUCUCAUUUUACAGUUUAAAUUGUACUUUCCAUGAUGUGUUGAGUCUAUUGAAUCCAUCACAAUUCUGGACAUACAGCACUCCCAUGAAUGUUAAUAAAAAGUAAGCAGAGUUUUAAAUUCACCAAUGGAAAUCCAACUAAAACUUGAGAUUGAAAGUUGUAUUUUUCUUUAUGAGUAAUUCAUUCAAAAUGACAUAUUCACCAAAGAUGUGAAACAUGUUUACCUGCAUAUGUUUACUUGUUGUCAGUGCACUUUUUCCAACCUUUUUCAUAUUUUGUAUAGCUUCACCAUUCUCUUAUGUAGGUUUGAAUUAAUGACGUAUUAAUGUACAUAAAUGCAUUUUGGCUUUUUGUUGAAAUACCAAUGUUGCCUUAUAGAAAAACAUUGUGUAAAGAGCAAAAACUAUGUUUCUAUAUUAAUUGUUGUACUGAUAUGUGUGAUUGAUAUGCAUUUAUACAAGUACAUGUGGUAAAAUCUUCAGAUUGAAAUAAAUAUUCUCUCUGGUUUGUAA